CCUUAACUAAUAUGAAUAUUACCAAUUCAAUUUCAUUUCCUCUUCCCCUUUCUCUUUCAUCUGAUGCGCGUUCCUCUUUUUUCUUCUCCCAGCCAAAGCAAAACCACCGAACAACAUCCACCACCACACCACUGCCGGCGAGCCGCGACCACUCUUCUCCUUCUCCAUCCAUCACCGCCGCACCCCCCUCAAUCUUCUGUAUUGAUUAUUUAGUUUAGAGAGCUAUCUCCAUCCAUCUCUCUCCACAAACCCUAAUUGUUGUAACUUGUAAGGUCUGGCUCCGCCACUGCCCUGACCCUCGAACAACUACUCUUCUCUCCAACCUCGGUGAAGCAGAGUAGACACCUCCGCUGUUGGGAAUGGCCGGUAAAAGUGGAACGACUCCGGCGACAUACUCACCGUCUCUGACAACCGGUAAAAAGAAACCACUGCUUCUCAAGGAAGAAGAUUGGACCCGACCCGAUGGCCGUGGUUUCCACCAGUGUAGACCCGCUUUUUUCAGGACUGGUGCUGUGAAUGCUGCAUCAGGAUCUGCUUAUGCUGAGUUUGGAAAUACCAAAGUCAUUGUAUCUGUGUUUGGGCCAAGAGAGAGCAAGAAGGCAAUGAUGUACAGUGAUACAGGGCGUCUGAAUUGCAAUGUCAGCUAUACAACGUUUUCAACUCCAGUUCGUGGACAGGGUUCAGACCACAAAGAAUACAGUUCGAUGCUUCAUAAAGCUUUGGAGGGUGCAAUAAUAUUGGAUUCUUUUCCCAAGACCACUGUGGAUGUUUUUGCAUUGGUGCUGGAAUCUAGUGGCAGUGAUCUCCCAGUUGUCAUAUCGGUUGCUAGUCUUGCCUUGGCAGAUGCCGGAAUACUGAUGUAUGACCUUGUUGCCUCAGUUUCAGUGUCAUGUCUCGGCAAGAACCUCGUCAUUGAUCCUAUAUUUGAGGAGGAAAACUCCCAAGAUGGAAGCUUAAUGAUUACUUGCAUGCCAUCUCGCUAUGAAAUUACCCAACUGACAGUUACCGGCGAAUGGUCCACCCCAAAGAUUAAUGAGGGAAUGCAGCUGUGCUUGGAUGCUUGUGCAAAGCUUGCUAAGAUUAUGAGGUCAUGUUUGAAAGAAUCUGCUUCUGAUGCACAGGAUGAAAGCUCUUAGCAACACACAGAUCACAAGAUGUGCAUUUAAAUUGCUUCGUUUUUUCUUUUUUCUCUUCUAGCUGAUCUCUGGGAGAGAAUUUUUUCUUGGGAGGGAUGUAGGGAAAGAUGCCUUUUAUGUCCUGCAAAUUUUGGUUCAUGAGCUUAUCAAAGAUAAUGGGAAAAUUAAUUAUUCAUAUAGCAAGAGUUUGCAAAUGCUUGCCGCUCAAGGCACAGCUUACAUAAGAUGUUCGGUUAAGCAAAAGUUUUAGGCUAGACUUGUAUCGAUAAAACAUGAAUUUGGCAUUUGCUUCAUUAAUAUGCUUGCUUAACGUUUGGAUUUUGUUAACAGAAGUUUGAAUUGUUGAAAAAUUACUCACUAACCUGAAUCUCAAAUCGGUUUCUACGAUUUCUUGAA